UUUCACAAUCGUCGGGCAACCACAUCAAGCCGUUGAAAUUUCUUGGGCCCAUACUUUAGAGUAAGAAAAAAAUAAAAAGGAAAAUAGUAGGUAGAGCCAGGGCGCCUUGUGACUGAAAGGCUGAUCACCCAGUGGAGGCCAAGUCACUGACAUUUGACACAUGUCGGCCUUUGCCGAGCUUCUUUUUCUUGAGAUUCUUUACUUCGUCUCGAAUGAGUUGGAGUCGCGGAGCAAGCAACAAUUCAGGCAAUCAUGGUAUCCAAGGCGAGUGACUCUUCCUCUAAAUCCAGAAAAUCACAUGGAGAAAACUCUGGUGACGGCAUAGGAAAUUUGACACAUAAGUUAAAUCAGCUUAAAAAGCAAAUUCAAUCAGAAAGAACUGCUUCAAUAAAGGAAAAAGUUGAGAGGAACAGGAAGAAGCUAGAGAGUUACAUUUCAGAGAUUUUGUCGGCUACAUCAAGUAGGAAUGUUCUAUGUACAGAAGAGAAUGGAUUUGGUAAAAUGCUUUCUGCAAGAAUCAAAAUUCCUUUCUGUAAGUAUACUGGAUUUGCUCAAGGCUCAGGCGAUAGAGACUAUGCUAAUGCUCAUGAAGUUGUAUCUUCAACAAAUGCCAAGCUUCCAUAUAUUGAGAAGUUGCCACCAUAUACAACAUGGAUAUUUUUGGACAAAAAUCAGAGAAUGGCCGAAGACCAGUCUGUCGUGGGAAGGAGACAAAUAUACUAUGACCAACAUGGCAGUGAAGCCUUGAUCUGUAGUGACAGUGAGGAAGAUAUUGCAGAGCCUGAGGAAGAAAAACAUGAAUUUUCUGAGGGUGAAGAUCGUAUUUUAUGGACUAUUUCUCAAGAGUAUGGUCUAGGAGAGGAAAUUCUGCAAGCUGUCAGCCAGUUUAUUGGAGUCACCAUUUCUGAAAUCCAGGAACGGCAUGGCACACUCGCAGAGAAAUUCAGUGACCAAAACAUUAACGAUUUUGAGGAUUUUGGAUCUGAAAAGGGCAUAUCCUUGGACAAGAGCCUCAGUGCUGCUUUAGAUUCUUUUGAUAAUCUUUUUUGCCGCCGUUGUCUGUUAUUUGACUGCCGCCUUCAUGGCUGUUCUCAAACUCUAAUCAAUCCUAGUGAAAAGCUGCCUUAUUGGUCUGAAUAUGAAGAUGAUAGGAAGCCCUGUAGUGAUCAAUGUUACCUCUGGUUAAGAGCUGUCAAAGAUGUGCCAGAAGGUUCAGUUGGCAAUGCAUUGCAUGGAGAUAAGACUACAAAUUUAAAAGAGAAAGACCAGGCUGCAUCAUCUGAUGCCAAAGAGCCAAAUACAAAUGUUGGUACAGAUCUCAUGCAAGAUGAAAGAGGCAUCUCUGAAGAAGCAAGUCCUGUUACUUUAGAAGUUAUUUGUGGCUCUGAAGGUGCUGGUGAAGCUCAAAAUUUGGAGAUAUCUUUACCAAUAGAUAACCGUGAAAGUUCUGGAAAGCACAAGGCCUCCCAAGAAAGAAAUAGACCAUCCGAUGAUUCAGUACACUGUUCUGAUGGCAGCCAGGAUGCUGCAAGUAAGAAACAAAAGAGAGAAUUGGCUAUGGAUGUGGCUGCAGAGUCUUCUGAAGCUAUACCAAACAAAAGUACUAAAAGUUCCUAUGUUGGUGCACUUAAUGAAACUGAAGCUCAUAUUACAGACAAAAACACCCAAAAUGAAUCCAAUGAACAGGGAUUAGAAACUUUUACCCGUCCUGCUAGUGCUUCCUGUGAUAAGACUGAGGAUAACAUUGGCAAUGGAUCCAAAGGUGUUGCAGAGAUGCCUGAAUAUAAGUGGUCAUCUUCUGAAUGGAAACCUAUUGAGAGAGAACUGUAUUUGAAGGGAGUGGAGAUGUUUGGGAGAAACAGUUGCCUUAUAGCCAGGAACUUACUUUCUGGUUUGAGGACUUGCAUGGAGGUAUCAAGUUACAUGUGUGAUGGUGGAGCUUCAACACUUCAUAAGUCCACCAUGACAAGUUCUUUUUUGGAAGAAAAUGGGAAAUCCGAAACAGAUUAUAUGGAGCAAGAGAUGGCAACAAGACCACGAUUGCUUCGUAGAAGGGGUAGAACACGGAAGCUUAAAUAUUCUUGGAAAUCUGCUGGCCACCCAUCAAUUUGGAAAAGAAUCGCAGAUGGAAAAAGUCAGUCUUGCAAGCAAUAUACUCCGUGUGGCUGCCAAUCAAUGUGUGGAAAGCAAUGCCCUUGUCUGCACAAUGGAACUUGCUGCGAAAAGUAUUGUGGAUGCUCGAAGAGUUGCAAAAACCGGUUUAGGGGUUGCCACUGUGCAAAGAGUCAAUGCAGAAGCCGGCAGUGCCCAUGUUUUGCUGCUGGACGUGAAUGUGACCCAGAUGUUUGCCGAAAUUGUUGGGUUAGUUGUGGUGGGGAUUUGUUGGGUGAGCCACCAAAACGAGGAGAUGGUCAGUGUGGAAACAUGAGACUGCUUCUAAGGCAACAGCAGAGAAUCCUCUUGGCAAAGUCUGAUGUUGCUGGAUGGGGAGCCUUUCUAAAAAAUUCUGUCAACAAAAAUGAUUAUCUUGGAGAAUAUACUGGUGAAUUGAUCUCCCAUAGAGAAGCAGACAAACGUGGGAAAAUCUAUGAUCGUGCAAAUUCAUCGUUCCUUUUUGACUUGAAUGAUCAGUACGUCCUUGAUGCUUAUCGCAAAGGAGACAAAUUGAAAUUUGCAAACCACUCUUCCAGUCCAAAUUGCUAUGCCAAGGUAAUGUUGGUGGCAGGGGAUCAUCGAGUAGGCAUUUUUGCCAAGGAGCGCAUUGAAGCUAGUGAGGAGCUCUUUUAUGAUUAUCGAUAUGGACCAGAUCAAGCACCUGCAUGGGCUAGGAAACCUGAGGGUUCCAAGAGAGAUGAUGCAUCAGUCUCUCAAGGUAGAGCAAAGAAACACCAGUCUCACUGAUGCGCUGUUGACUGGUUUUUGUUUCUAUGUUACCUUCAGAUUUUUUCUAUCUUCGGCUGAGGAAAAGGAGAUUCUUCGUUAGCUAGAAUAUAGGAUAUUUCCACUAUGUGUGUAUAGUUGCAUAAGUGUAUUCCUAAAGAUACUAGGGUCUGGAAAUAACAUGGGAAUAAGGUUUUAGCUUUGAUUAUGCCAACAAGCUAGGUAUCUAACAAUAAAAUAUAGCAAUUGGUGAGAAAAAGCUUGUAUCUUAUUAAUGGAAGUAUAUUUUUAUGAUAGCUAUUUGCAUUUUUCCACGGUAUAUAGGCAUUUAGUUUUUUCUUUUUGAUAUUUGCAAAUUCAACGAGUCCUCUGUUGUUUCCACCUACAGCAAAAUAUAUCAUCCGUUAGAUUAAAUCCAGUUUUUCAUAAUCCUAUAACUAGAAGACAAACUUAUUAACAAAAUACCUCUUUGAAUUUGCCACAAUUUUUUCCCUGGUUCUUAAAUGUGGUGGAGGUUUUGGAUUGAAGGCCUCACUCCACAGAAACAAUAUUCUGAUCUUCCUGAAUAACUUGUUCGAUGGGAGCUCAUUCCUGAAUGGCAUGAGUACCCA